AUAAACGAAUUGGAUAGUUUGUGUGAGACUUGGAUUGGGCCCAACACAAUGAUUUGUGCGCAAUAUGCAUAAAAAAGUCUGUGUGGUAGCACAGUUGGGCCUGAAAUGUACGAGAUCAAAGCCCUACAAAGCCCCUUUUCCCUCCUUGCUACAUUUUCCCGCCAUUAUUUUCACGCCAACCUAACAGCCAAACCCUAAGCGGCUCUACCUUACUCUUUUCUUUCUUUUCUUUUCUUUUAUUUUUUAUCAAAAUCGGUUGAACCUCAAUCAAAGUCCUCUUUUCCAAACCUGCAACCCAAUUUUCCGGCGACCCUUUUCCGACAAUCAACUCACCUGGUGUUCUCUAGGAAAAAGAUACUGUAGAAACCAUGGAUUUUGUGUUUGAUAAUUCAGACACUGUUAGAAAUGGUUCUUACGUUACGGAAGAAAAAGAAGAGGAGGAGGAGGGCGAGGACGAGAAGAAUGAAGAGGAUGAGGAAGGGGGAAAGGGCAAAGGAGAAGAGGAUAACAUGCUGCCUCUACCCAAGCGGCCAAGGAAUCAAACUGUUGAUCGAAUUAGCGCCUUGCAUGACUCAGUGCUCCUUCACAUCCUAUCUUUCUUGCCCACAGAAGAAGUUGUACGAACUGGUUUAUUAGCAACAAGAUGGCAAUACCUCUGGACUAACAUAUCAACACUUGCUUUUAAGACACAGAGGAGAUUGACUUAGAUGGUAUCCAUAAGUUUGUGGCCUUUGUCAAUCGCGUCCUAAUUCUGUGCAGGUGCUCCAACCUCAAGAAAUUUGUGCUCGACUUCUGCUUCUUUGGUCAUGAGUAUUUUCCCGAGAUGGAUGCUAACCUUUGGAUACAGUUUGCAACGCAACAUAAUGUAGAAGACCUUUAUUUGCAUAACCAGGGCUUUCCAUUAGUCCACAGAUUGCCUCAGAUUCUAUUCACCAACUCAUCCUUGAGGAUUUUUAGCGCAACUAAUUGUGUUAUUGCGCCAGGUGGUGAAAUUAGCUGGAGAUCGCUCAAGAGUCUUUCGAUGGAUGAUGUAGUUGUAAGUGACGGAGUGAUUGAAAAAAUAUUAAUAAGUUGCCCAAUUUUGGAGUUCUUGAAAAUAAGUAUGUUUUCUGGCCCAGUCGUUGAAGUAUUAAUUCAGCAAGCCUGGAAAAGGUGGUCAUACAACAUUCUAUGAGUGAUCAAUAUGUGCUAGAAAUUUCAGCUCCUAAACUUCUGAUGUUGGAACUUAUGGGGGAUUUCAAAAGGCAAAAGUUCCAGUUUGCAAAUAUCUCCUCUCUGGUUAGAGUAAACCUCAAAUUUUCAGGUAGAGUAUGUAGUGAUGAAUAUGAUCAUGAAAAGAGGCGUACUCAAUUGAUAGAGCUUCUCGAGAGACUUCAACAUGUCAACCAACUUGAAUUGUGGGAUUGGUGCAUUCAGGUUCUAUCGUAUGGGGAAUUGAAGGGUCUGCCUUCUCUGGUAUCAAGCUGCAAAAUUUUGACACUGAAUUCUCAUGUCCUGAAAUGGGACAUCCCUGGCAUAGUAAGCCUGCUGCAAGGUUCACCUUGUCUUGAGAAAUUAGUUGUAAACAUGAGUUCGGAUUACCACCACGCGCAGAAAUUUCUGGAUUCCUGCAACUUUGAUGGAGAAGACCCCUGGACCUCAAGCAAGAGGAUUUUGUCGCCGUUGCUACAUCUAAAGACUAUUGUGAUUGUGGGUUUAAAAGGAUUAUCACGCAGGAUUUCGGCUUCAGCUUGUGCAGUUUUUGCUGCAGAAUGCAGUGGCUCUGGAGAAGAUGGUCAUCAAAAUAGGAAAGUCAGGGCGUUCUGACAAAUGCUCAGCUUGUUCUUUGUCACAGGAAUUUGUCAGGUUGACACAGAAAUUAUUGAGCUUUCCGAGGGCUUCGCCCCAUGCUAUGAUUCUGUUCUCUUAGUUAUGUUAACAUUGCAUAAUUAUGUUCAGAGGCUGUGGUGGUAGAAAUGUUACUGUAUUUAUGUUUUCUUGCAGCAGUUUUGUUAUUUUUGUAGCUUUGCAACAGUUCUUUGCGACAACAUUUUGUCUAUGCAGAUGGGGUUGAACUUCUUUGAUUAGUAUGUGUUGUAAAAAUGACCUUUUUUUACCCAUCUUCAACCUCUGUUUCUCCUGAAGUGAAGUUUCUCCUAGUAGGUAGAUUGCGUUUUACUGAAAAGUGAAGCAUGGGCUACAAUUGAAAAUUGUUGGGAGUUUCGACAUGUUUCUUAUCCAGUUUCCAGACUGCACUUUGAAGUAAAGGUAAGAUUUUAACGUGUUUUUUUUUUUGAUAAAUAGUAAGAUUCUAACUUCCAUUCAAGGUUUUCAUUGUUGUCACCUAUGUGGCCUGUAGUAGCUACCAGCCUAACAAGGAGUAUGAUGGUCAGUUGGCACGUUUUUGGAAUAUAGUUGUAACGACUCGCGCCAGUUGACCUGCUAACCAUUCGCCUAACCACGUGGGUCAAAAGAUUAACCUCAAGUUAUACAGUAGCUGGUGAACCUUACCUUAUAUUUCACACUUCUUUUCCCAAGCUGCCCGAUGUGGGACUUAUGCCACAAGUGGGUUCCCACAAUCUCUCCAUCUUGUGAUGCAACGUCCUCGUUGCACUCCUUGGCCUAGCAACCUUCCCCUUGUGGUCAUGAUAUGACACUUAGCUUUGUACAGUACAAUCAAUAUGCUCGUAACAGAUUCUAGAGGUGGCCCCUACCAUAUACAUCAGGGUUGUGCUCUGAUAUCAACUGUAACUUAUCUUAUGGAGGUCGUGCCCAACUCAUUCAAUCUAUCCUCUUUAGUGUCCAAAUUUAUUGGAGCACCAUUUUUAUGCUUCCUUAGAAGAUCCUUAAUAAAUUGAAGCUUUGUUGUGAUCUUUUUUCUGGACUGGAAUUCAAAUGAAGUCUAGUGGUGCUAAAGUGACAUGGGAUGAUGUUUGUUCUCCCAAAGAUGAAGGUGGAUUGGGGUUUAGAGUCCUUAAAGAUUGGAAUAAGGCUGCUAUGGCUAAACACUUAUGGGCUAUUGCCUUGAAAGCAGACACUUUAUGGGUGAAAUGGAUUCACACACACAUAAUCAAAGAUCAUUGUCUUUGGAACAUCCCUAUUCCUGCUUCUGCCUCUUGGACAAUCCAGAAAUUGUUUAAUCUAAGAUCCCUAGUUCAUCCUUGGAUAACUAAUGUGGUGGGAAAUGGAAAAUUUUCAUUUUUAUGGUUGGAUAACUAACAUCCAAUUGGCCCUCUUUUUGCCAAGUUUGGGUCCAGAGUUGUAUACAAUUUGGGUAGAAAUCUCCAUGCUAAAAUUGAUACCAUAAUUGCUGAUCACUCUUGGCAAUGGCCAAGAUGGCGAAACACUGUGACUAGGGACAUCUUGAGGGCCACCCUUCCUACUUUUAUCCCUCACCCAUCUCAAGAGGACACAGUUAUUUGGAAUUUCACACCUGAUAACAAGUUCUCUAUCAAGUCAGCUUGGAAUGAAAUUCGAAAGCAACAUCCUAAAGUUCACUAGUUUAACAUCAUUUGGUUUAAGCAUUUUAUACCUCGUCGGUCCAUCAUACUGUGGCUAGCAAAUCUGGGGAAGCUUGUUACUAAGGAUAGACUUCUUAAGUGGAGUAUGGCUAUGGACGUCCAGUGUGUGCUGUGUUCUGCUGCUGUAGAAAACAUUCUCUCUCUUCUCAACUUUGGCAAUCCUUGCAAAAAGACUUGAAGCCUACUUGC